ACGUUACCUAUUCUCUUUCUAGUCAUAAUUGGACAUCUUUGAUUGGACAUUGCCUGUUAUAUUUCUAAUUUCAGUUGAUUAAAAUUUUAUAUGUAUAAUAUUUAACAAAAUGUUAAGAAAGGAUGUAUAUAAACCCGACACGUUUCUGUAUUUUUCGUAUGGCGGCAAUUUACUAACAGCGAGAGUACGUAUGCAUAACCCGUCUGCAGAAUUCGUGUCUAUAGCACGUCUUGAUAAUUACAGGAUGGAUUUCAUAAAGUAUUCGAAGUUUUGGGGUGGACCUACUGCGACUCUCGUGCCUACAGCAAAUUCACACGUAUGGGGCGUUGUAUGGCGUCUACAUCGAGAUGAUAUGGUAUCGCUUGAUGAUCAAAAAGGUGUCGACGUUAAAAAGUAUUACAUAAAAUAUGUGGAGGUGUCAACUCCAUACAUGGGCAGUUUUCUGUGCCGUGCAUACAUUCAAAAAGUAAACCCUCUGCCUAGAGGCGACAAUGACGUCAUUCCAGUUGAACGAUGGCCUUCGUUUACUUUAAAAGAGGUCAUGAUACACGGCGCCAGAGAACACGGAUUCCCUGAAUAUUACAUACAGAGUUUGAAGAAGCUAAAGCAUAAUGGUGAAGAGGGUUAUCUUAGGGCGGCAUUCCUGUUAAUGCGUUACGCAAAAGAUAAACCUUGCGAGUGUAGAGUUGCUGGACGUUUGCCUAGAAAACAUCUAAAACUCGAUCUCAGAAAACUGCGAAAUACCAGGAAGUAAAUAAAUGUAUGACUUAUG